AUGUCAAGUACAUUGAGAUAUCUUGAUGUUUAUCCAUUUAGAUAUCAAAAUGGAAAUGAAUUAUCUUCAAGCCUUUUGAUUGUAUUGAUUAUAUUGGCAAUCUACUUUAUCUAUAUUAAAUUAGUAAAUAAUAAUAGUAAUAAUAAUCGUAGUAGUAGUAGUAGUAGUGUUAGCGAUAAUAGUAAUAAUGAUGAAAAUAGCAAAGAACAACAACUAAAACAAUUGGUUACAUAUAAUAAUAAGAGAAUGAUUAUCAGAGAAUUGGAAAAGAUGUUUGGUGCUGUUGGUGUCAUUGUCUUAUUGUGGUCGGUGUUGGAGGUUACCAAUGUACUACGAUGGAUAGAGUAUCUGUUGGAUGAAGAUAUAACAUCAACCUCCAUACAGAGUAUCGAGAGCAUUGCCAAAUCAAGCAAUAACAUAGUUGAUAUAUCGAUCACCAAACAGAUUGAACUGGGACAACCGAUUCAAAUCAAUUAUACUCUAUUGUUCAACCAUCGAUUCAUUAGGUUACUCUCAAUCAUUACAUUCACAAUUUUAAUCUAUACACUCCAAGUAAUCUACUAUACAUCCAAGUCCAUCAAAUCAAUACAACAACAAUAUAAUUUAAAAGAAAAACAUCAACAACAACAGCAACAAAUGAUCGAUAUAUCUUCAUUAUAUAAGAAAGAGAUAUUGAAUGAGUAUAAUAGUAUAUUCAGUUAUCUAACCGAUAUUCCAUGGUUGUUCAUAUUUAUUGUGAUUUCAUUGCUCUGGAUGGUGGUCAGAAGUUAUCUUCAGAAUGUACCGAUUCAUCCACUCUCAAGUCCAAUGUCAUUAGAUAGUAGGAUCUUCAUAUUACAUCUUUUAUCGUUAGGUUCACAUUUCUCCUUAGUAAUCAUAUUUUACUUUUUAUAUCAAACCAUCAACUAUUCUUCAUCAGCUUCUACUUCUUUCUCUUUAAAAUAUAAUAAUAAUAAAGAGAAAAUCAACAGUAUUAGUAAUAGUAAUAGUAAUAAUGAUAAAAUUAACAUGACAGAUAAACAACAACCGAAUAAUAAUAAUAAUAAUAAUAAUAAAGAAGAGUUGAAACAAGAAGAUAAUGAUGAAAAUGAGCAAUUAUACUCAGAUGAAGUUUUAACAAAGAAAAAGAAGAAAAAGAAAGUUAAACAACAACAACAACAACACCAACAAAUACAAUCUAAUAAUAAUAAUAAUAAUAAUGAUAAUGAUAUAAUUGAAUCAUCAACAACAUCAAAGACUAUUCAUUUCGAUCAAGAAGGUCUUUUAUUUAUCUUUCAAUUAAUAAUGAUAUUCCAAACAAUAUAUGUAUUGUUUUUAAUAUGCAAUAUGAAAUUAGAGCCAUUUACAGACUUUAUUACAAAAUCAAUACUAUUGAUAGCUAAUUUAAUAUCAAUUCAUUACUUUCAAUCAAAGAUAUUCAAUUAUCUACCAGUUUGUAUAUUCUUAACAAGCUUUAAUAAAUUCACAGAAAAGAAUAAAUAA